CCAACCAUUGUCAGAGCUGCUGUAUGUGCUGAGUAUAAGAUGUGGUGUGUUUCAGCGAUGUCCUGGUGUCUAUUCUUCUAGGAUCUGUUUUCAACCUGUGACGGACAACUUUCAUUAAGGACUGAGAAGACGGCUGUUACCCGCUGUUUCUACGCUGCUCGGACCUGGUGACAGACAGAGAGAGAGAGAGAGACAGAGAGAGAGAGACAGAGAGAAAGAGAGACAGAGAGAAAGGAGAGAGAGACAGAGAGAAAGGAGAGAGAGACAGAGAGAAAGGAGAGAGACAGAGAGAAAGGAGAGAGACAGAGAGAAAGGAGAGAGAGACAGAGAGAAAGGAGAGAGAGACAGAGAGGAAGGAGUGUGACCGAGAAAGCAGAGAGAGACAGAGAGGAAGGAGAGAGACAGAGAGGAAGGAGAGAGACCGAGAAAGGAGAGAGAGACAGAGAGGAAGGAGAGAGACAGAGAGGAAGGAGAGAGAGACAGAGAGGAAGGAGAGAGAGACAGAGAACAGGGAGAGAGAAUAGAACAGAGGACCAGCUGUGUGGACCUUCAUAUGGAGUCUAUAACAGAGGGAGGAGGAGGAGGAGGAGGGCUGAGGGAGCUGGUUCUAAAGUGGUUUACAGAGACCCAGGCCCCUCUCAUUCUCCUCCAUGAAGGAAACUUUCCCGAUUGGUUCCAAGGCUUCACCACCAGGAAGGAAGCAGAGGAUCAGCUGAGAGACAAGCCUCUGGGAUGUUUUCUCAUCAGACUCAGUGACAAAGCUGUAGGAUACAUCCUCUCAUACAAAGGACAAGAUCGCUGCCGCCAUUUUGUGAUCAACCAGGACCAAGCUGGGCUGUUCGCUAUCUCCGGGGACGACCAGCCUCACCACAGCCUCACAGAACUGAUAGAGCACUACAGACUCCAUCCCAUCCAGCCCUUUGGAGAGUCCCUCACCUCUACAUACUGUUGUCAGUCAAGCUCAGGAGAGCUGUAUGAUGUGGUGCAGUUCGAGGCCAAAGAGAAGAAGAAGACCGGUGGGGUCAGUGUCCGAGCCCUGAGAAGUUACUGGGACCAGCAGAACGAACAGAAGAAUGACCAACACCAACAGAAUGACCAUCAAAAGGACCAUCACAAUGACCCACGGAAUGACCCACGGAAUGACCCACGGAACGACCCACGGAAUGACCCACGGAAUGACCCACGGAACGACCCACGGAAUAACCCACGGAAUGAGCAGCACCAAUGGAAUGACCUGCCGCCAACUAGGCAGCCCCCUGCAGUGCCACCCGUGCUGCCGCCCAAAACCAACAACAGGAAGUUGACAUCAACAGUAUCCAUUGGCAGGAAGUCCCUCCCACAGCAAGCAGUUCCUCCAGUACCAAGGCGAGGCCCACCUCUGACCCACUCUCUGAGUGGAACCUUGUCUGACAAGAGCCCGUCUCAAACCCAAUACGCUGAAAUACAUCAUGACCAAACCAGGACCACAUCUCACGGUCAAACCCAAUACGCUGAGAUACAUCAUGACCAAACCAGGACCACAUCUCACGGUCAAACCCAAUACGCUGAGAUACAUCAUGACCAAACCAAGACCACAUCUCACGGUCAAACCCAAUACGCAGAAAUACAUCAUGACCAAACCAAGACCAAAUCUCAUGGUCAAACCCAAUACGCAGAAAUACACACGAACCAGAACAAAGUGGAGAGACUGGCCAGUACUGGGAGUCUGAACCAGAGGAGAAGCACUGGGCCCUGGUCCUUCAAUAACACCUCCACAGCAGCAGGAGGAGUCAUGUACUCUGAGCUGACCCUGCCAGAUGGACGGAGCCGCUCUCUACCCCGCCUGGACGACGCCACGGAGGAGGAGGAGGAGGAGGAGGAGGGGUACUCCGACAGGAUAACCAUCCCUUGCUUCCCCAACACCUCUCACUCCCCCAAUCCCUCCAAGAGGGUCACCUGCAACGCCUACUCUCUUCAGGACCCCAGGGAAAGCCCCCGGCCACAGAUCCACGGUGGACCACAAAGCCUGGAUCAGCUGAGCAUCAACCCACUGUACCAGGCCUCUGUCGGGCUUGGUGAGGGCCGGGACGCCCCCUGGAAGGUACCACAGAAGCAGAGAGAAGGGGACCGUGGCAGAAGCCCCAGGACCAGACUACCCAACAGGAGGAGAGUAUGUAUGCAGAGGUUCCAGAGGGGCCAUCUCCUCCCCGUCAUAUGAUUACUGACAACACCUAUGAGCAGAUCCCAGGGGACGGUGGCCAAAAGAGGACACAAAGCACCGCCACAGACCAGGGAGGAAACACCUAUGAGAUGCUGGAGAACCUGAAGUCCAAGGAGUCUACUUGGGGCAAGAAGAAUAUCACAUGGAGAAAAUUAUUCCCUGAAUACAAGAAGAAAUAGCAGCACCCUGCAGAUUCAGCAACAAACCAAUCAGCACCCUGCAGAUUCAGCAACAAACCAAUCAGCACCCUGCAGAUUCAGCAACAAACCAAUCAGCACCCUGCAGAUUCAGCAACAAACCAAUCAGCACCCUGCAGAUUCAGCAACAAACCAAUCAGCACCCUGCAGAUUCAGCAACAAACCAAUCAGCACCAUGCAGAUUCAGCAACAAACCAAUCAGCACCCUGCAGAUUCAGCAGGAAGACAAUUCUUUGGUCAAUGUUAUUGUAUUUAGGAAAUGUGUAGACUUGUGUUAUCUCUGUGUUAAAUGUGUUUUAUUAGCAAAUAUAAAUUAAAUGCAUUUUCCCUUAUCCACACAUUGAUUGUACUUGGAAAUUGAAACUCAAGCUGUCUUGAGCAGAGAGAGAGAGAGAAAAACUAGUGCAGCUAUACACUGAGUGUACAAAACAUGAUUGAGUUGCACCCCCUUUUAACCUACAGAACAGCCUCAAUUCAUCGGGCGUGGACUCUACAAGGUGUUGAAAGCCUUCCACAGGGUCUCUACAAGGUGUUGAAAGCCUUCCACAGGGACUCUACAAGGUGUUGAAAGCAUUCCACAGGGACUCUACAAGGUGUUGAAAGCCUUCCACAGGGACUCUACAAGGUGUUGAAAGCCUUCCACAGGGUCUCUACAAGGUGUUGAAAGCCUUCCACAGGGUCUCUACAAGGUGUUGAAAGCCUUCCACAGGGAUGCUGGCCCAUGUUGACUCCAAUGCUUCCCACAGUUGUGUCAGGUUGGCUGGAUGUCCUUUGGGUGGUGGACCGUUCUUGAUACACACGGGGAAACUGUUCAGUGUGAAAAACCCAGCAUCGUUGCAGUUCUUGACACACUCUAACUGGUGCGCCAGGUACCUACUACCACACCCCGUUUAAAGGCAUGUACAUCUUUUGUCUUGCCCUUUCACCCUCUGAAUGUCACACAUACACAAUCCAUGUCUCAGUUGUCUCAAGGCUUAAAAAUUCUUCUUCAACCUGACUCCUCCCCUUCACCUAAGACUGACUGAAGUGGAUUUAACAUGACUCCUCCCCUUCACCUAAGACUGACUGAAGUGGAUUUAACAUGACUCCUCCCCUUCACCUAAGACUGACUGAAGUGGAUUUAACAUGACUCCUCCCCUUCACCUACACUGACUGAAGUGGAUUUAACCUGACUCCUCCCCUUCACCUACACUGACUGAAGUGGAUUUAACAUGACUCCUCCCCUUCACCUACGACUGACUGAAGUGGAUUUAACAUGACUCCUCCCCUUCACCUACGACUGACUGAAGUGGAUUUAACAACAGACAUCAAAAAGGAUUGUAUCUUUCACCUGGUCAGUCUGUGUCACAGUAGUAUGUAUGGAGAGGACAUUACAGUAGUAUGUAUGGAGGGUCUAUGGAAGGUCUACUGAGGGUCUAUGGAUGGUUGAUGUAUUCUGAUAGAGGACAUUACAGUAGUGUCUAUGGAGGGUCUAUGGAAGGUCUAUGGAUGGUUGAUGUAUUCUGAUAGAGGACAUUACAUAGUAUGUAUGGAGAGGACAUCACAGUAGUAUGUAUGGAGGGUCUAUGUCACAGUAGUAUGUAUGGAGAGGACAUUACAGUAGUGUCUAUGGAGGGUCUAUGCAGGGUCUAUGGAAGGUCUACUGAGGGUCUAUGGAUGGUUGAUGUAUUCUGAUAGAGGACAUUACAGUAGUGUCUAUGGAGGGUCUAUGGAUUUUUUUUUAAUAUAUAUAUUUUUUUUUUAACCUUUAUUUAACCAGUUAAGAACACAUUCUUAUUUUCAAUGACGGCCUGGGAACAGUGGGUUAACUGCCUGUUCAGGGGCAGAACGACAGAUUUGUACCAUGUCAGCUCGAGGGUUUGAACUCACAACCCUCUGGUUACUAGUCCAACGCUCUAACCACUAGGCUACCCUGCCACUACUGUAAUGUCCUCUAUCAGAAUACAUCAACCAUCCAUAGACCCUCCAUAGACCCUCCAUAGACACUAUUGUAAUGUCCUCUAUCAGAAUACAUCAACCAUCCAUAGACCCUCAGUAGACCCUCCAUAGACUGAGGGUCUACUGAGGGUCUAUGGAUGGUCUACUGAGGGUCUACUGAGGGUCUACUGAGGGUCUAUGGAGGGUCUAUGGAGGGUCUACUGAGGGUCUAUGGAUGGUUGAUGUAUUCUGAUAGAGGACAUUACAAUAGUGUCUAUGGAGGGUCUAUGGAGGGUCUAUGGAGGGUCUAUGGAAGGUCUACUGAGGGUCUAUGGAAGGUCUACUGAGGGUCUAUGGAUGGUUGAUGUAUUCUGAUAGAGGACAUUACAGUAGUAUGUAUGGAGGGUCUAUGGAGGGUUUAGGGAGGGAUACCUGGUACAUUAAAGGCACAUAAACAUCAGUGAGAGAGUUCAGAUGUUAGACUGUACUGUAUAAUACUUCCUGUUUAUAGAACCUCUCGGUACUGUAUAAUACUACUUCCUGUUUAUGGAACCUCUCUGUACUGUAUAAUACUACUUCCUGUUUAUGUAACCCCUCUGUACUGUAUAAUACUACUUCCUGUUUAUGGAACCCCUCUGUACUGUAUAAUACUACUUCCUGUUUAUGGAACCUCUCUGUACUGUAUAAUACUACUUCCUGUUUAUGGAACCUCUCUGUACUGUAUAAUACUACUUCCUGUUUAUGGAACCUCUGUACUGUAUAAUACUACUUCCUGUUUAUGGAACCCCUCUGUACUGUAUAUACUACUUCCUGUUUAUGGAACCUCUGUACUGUAUAAUACUACUUCCUGUUUAUGGAACCCCUCUGUACUGUAUAAUACUACUUCCUGUUUAUGGAACCCCUCUGUACUGUAUAAUACUACUUCCUGUUUAUGGAACCUCUCUGUACUGUAUAAUACUACUUCCUGUUUAUGUAACCCCUCUGUACUGUAUAAUACUACUUCCUGUUUAUGGAACCUCUGUACUGUAUAAUACUACUUCCUGUUUAUGGAACCUCUGUACUGUAUAAUACUACUUCCUGUUUAUGGAACCUCUCUAUACUGUAUAAUACUACUUCCUGUUUAUGGAACCUCUGUACUGUAUAAUACUACUUCCUGUUUAUGGAACCUCUCUAUACUGUAUAAUACUACUUCCUGUUUAUGGAACCUCUGUACUGUAUAAUACUACUUCCUGUUUAUGGAACCUCUGUACUGUAUAAUACUACUUCCUGUUUAUGGAACCCCUCUGUACUGUAUAAUACUACUUCCUGUUUAUGGAACCUCUCUGCAUCAUUUUAUCCAUUGGAAUAGUUACACCACUUGAAUUCUGAUUAAAGUACCAUACUCAUAA